GUGCCAUCUCGCCGACGCCCGCGCUGCUCGCGCUUAUACGCAGCCUUCUUCCAUGCCCAGCAGCAGCAGCGGCACGCUCUCAACGAGCUGCAUGGCGACUUGCGGCGAAGACUUCCGAGGCCUCUGCGCCUUGUACCUGGGCGAGUCGGCAGCCACCGACUGCCCCUCCGCGUCCACCAUUGCACCCUGCCAGCGGUCGUCGCAGACAACGUACUAUCAAUGCUUCAACGUCACUGGCACAUCGUUGGCGCUCGCACUUGGGAGCGAGCCGAGCUUGCAGAUGCCGGUGGCGAACGUCGGCGCUGUCGGCGCCUUGGAGCUCGGGCCGCUCACGUCUUUGACAUUGCGCGGUCAAGGCAGCUCGCCACGGCCCAUGGCCUUUGCAAACAACUUUCUGACGCGCUCGACCGCACUCACCCAUCUAACGCUCUCGACGCUUGCGGUCCCAGCGUUUCCAUCGAAGCAGCUGCCAACCACGCUGCAGUCGCUAGAGCUGAUCAACUGCAACCUCACGACAUGGCCCGUCGCGGACGCCCUCGUCCAUCUCACCGCCCUCGACCUGAGCGACAACCAGUUUCGCGUUCUGCCCGCGGCCAUAACAUCCGAUCUCCCGCGACUUCGUGCCCUGAACUUGUCGACGAACCCGCUGAGCUUGCAAGAGCUCCAGGCGCCACUGGCAGCGACCUUCUUUGCGCGCCUUGGUACGUUCACGGUCGACGUCCAUCUCUGCAGCAGCAGCCUCGCGACCACCUUUACGAGCGCGUCGGCCCUUGCCGCUGCGGCGUGCACCGCGUCCGACAAGGAUUCAGCGCCGGACGCACCCCGCUCGCUUCUCUCGCCGUCUGUCAUCGCGCUCAUUGCCGUGGCUGGCGUUAUCGCUAUCCUUGGCGUCUUGCUCGUGCUCUGGCGCUGCAAGCGUGGGCCGCGGCCCGGGACGACGCGCAACGUUGAGCGCAGCCAGCGCGUUGCCAACGAUGACGACGACCAAGAUGUGACGUACUUUCCCGGCCCCAAGACGAAAACUGCAUUUAGUCCUGCCACGUCAUCGGUCCGGCCAGCGCUCGUGUCGUCGCUCAAGCGGGUUGUGGAUCCGGCGAUGACGGCCCUGGCCACCAAGUACGCAACCGACAAUCAGCUUGAAAGCCUAUGCCUUCCCAGUUCGUCGGUCAUUAUGACGCGACUCCUCGCACGCUCGAACGACCGCGUCUACGAGGUCUGGCUCGGCACGUUUGAGGACAGCCACGUCGCGAUCAAGAAGCUCGCGCUGCACGUCACCGACGUCGAGGGCUGUGCGUCAGCCCUCUACGACGAGCUCAAGGCGCUCGCGCGCUUGUCGCACCCCAACAUUUUGCGCGUCGUGGGUGUUCUCUUGCCGCCCGCGAGUGUCGCCGGCGUCCUCGCCUACUGCGCCCACGGCGACCUCCAGAGCCUCCUCGGAAGCUCCAGCGUACACGACGACUCGUGGAGCUGGUUUGAGCGCAAGUAUGCACUCGCACUCGACCUUGCGCGGGCCUUGGCGUACCUCCACGCGCAGUCGCCCAGCGUGAUCCAUCGGGACGUGCGCGCGCGCAGUGUCCUUCUCGACAGUCGCUACCGGUGCCAAUUGAGCCAUUUUGGGUCGGCGCGAGUGCGCUCGAUUCUGGAUACGAUGACGCAGAAUGUGGGGACGAUGCAGUGGAUUGCGCCCGAGAUGCUGCGUGGCGAAGACUACUGCGAAGCCAUUGACGUCUACUCGUUCGGAGUCGUGCUCACCGAGCUAGCGACGCACGCAAUUCCCUUCCGUGACUAUGCCCACCAGGAGGACCCGAAGCGCGUGCUGGUGCAAGAGCUCAUGACGGGCCGCGCGGUGCCGAGCUUUGGCGACGACUGCCCCGACGUCGUGUCUCGCAUCGGGCGGCAGUGCCUGCAGCUGGACCCGUCCAAGCGGCCGCCCAUCGCCUCGAUCGUCGAGGCCCUCGAACGCGUCGAGCGCUGUGAGGACGAGCAACACAUUCAUAAUGGCAUUCUGGUCUAACGUAGUAUUAUAAUGAUAUGAAGCAUGAUGGUGGGGA